AUGCUACAAUGUGGUCGGUUUAUGAGGCAACCUCUUAGGUUUAGCCUCCAACCAUUUCUACGACGAAGUCUGCAUACUGAUCUCGGCGUGUCGCCUGUCCUCUUGACCCGCGCACGAUUACUCGCCGCGGAGCAUGCAAAGUUAUCGACUCGUCUGGCUGAUUCCUUUGAUGCCAAAAUCGCAAAAAGAGCCGGGGAGUUGGCUCCGUCUGCAGCUAUUCUGAAAGAAUGGGACACUGCCAAUGAGUCCAUAUCCGAAUUAAAAGCCCUCCUCGAAGACCCCGAAACAGACGCAGAACUCCACUCCCUCGCAACAGAGGACCUCGAAACAAGCCGCCAAGCACUCCCCUCUCUAUCAGACCGAUUAAAAAAGUCCCUAAUCCCCCGACACCCCUUCGCAGACCUACCAUGCCUUGUCGAAAUUCGCCCAGGAGCAGGAGGCGACGAAGCCGGCCUCUUCGCAUACGAGAUGAUGCGCAUGUACAUGACACUCUGCAGCCGCAAAGGCCUCCGACCCACAAUCCUAAAACAAGACGUCGAAGACGGCCCCUCCGAAGACCGCCUCCUUGAAGCCGUGAUCGAAGUCGAAGCGGACGGCGCAUACGACAUUCUCCGAACAGAGUCCGGAGUGCACCGCGUGCAACGCGUCCCGGCAACCGAAACAAAAGGACGCACGCACACCAGCGCAGUCAGCGUGAUGGUGUUGCCAAGUUUCCCCGAAAGUGGAAGUGCAUCGGAUCAUGCGCUGAACUUCGAUGAUCCGACUAGCGAUUACUAUAUUGAUCCCCAAGAGGUGCGGGUUGAGAAAAUGAGGGCUGGCGGUGCGGGCGGUCAACACGUUAAUAAAACUGAGUCUGCUAUUCGAUUGACUCAUAUUCCGACGAAUACGGUGGUUUCGAUGCAGGAUGAGCGGUCUCAGCACGCGAAUCGUCGGACUGCUUGGCAAAUGCUAAGGGCAAAGAUUGCGGAGGCACGGCAGGAAGCGCGUGAGCAGGAACUUGUUCAGCUUCGUCGUGGUGCUAUGGGCGGCGUUGCGAAAAUGGGCCGCGGUGAUAAGAUUCGGACAUAUAACUAUGGUCAGAGUCGUUGUACUGAUCAUCGAAGUGGCAUUACCCUCCAUAAUCUGGACGAUGUACUCGCUGGAGGUGAUGGUUUGGAAUCAGUUAUGGACAGCGUCAGGACUUGGAUCUCGGAUCGUGAAGUGGAGGCUAUGGUCGCAGAGGAAAUGGCCAAGGCUGAAGAACAGGAGAAGAAAGAGGCAAAGCAAAGGAAGAAGUAA